AUGAUCAACAAAGAAAAGGGCACCAAGGGGAACGGCCUUCUUGGUGUACCGAGGACAUGUACGGCGCCAAGAAUGCCGCGGAGCAUCAUUCCCUCCUUCCGGUCCGUGUCCUGUUCAUUCUUAUCCCUCUUCCAGCGGAGUGACCAAGGAGACGCGCGGGAGCUUUCGUGGUGUGCGAGGACAUGUACGUCGCAAAGAACGCCGCAGAGCAUUGUUCCUCCUUGUCUUCUCCCUCUCUUAUCCCUCCUCCAGCGGGGUAACAACGGAAACGCGCGGCACGCCUUUCGUGGUGUACGCGAGGACAUCUACGAUGCCAAGAACGCCGUUGAGCAUCCUCAGCGCGCCCUCAGCAUUGCCUACCUUUUCUCUCCUCGUGUUUCCCUUCAGAGACGUGACAAAGGAGACACGCGGCACGGCCUUCGUGGUCGGUGUGACAAAAGAGACGAGGGGAACAGCGUGUGUGGUGUACGACAACAUCUACGACGCGACACCAAGAACGCUGUGGAGCAUCAUUCCUUCCUGCGUGCUUCCUCCCUGUAUCAUUCCCUUUCCAGCGGAGUGACAAAAGAGACGCGAGGCACGGCCUUUGUGGUGUACGAGGACAUAUACGACGCCAAGAACGCGGUGGAGCAUCUGUCGGGGUUCAACGUGGCCAAUCGGUACCUCAUAGUGCUCUACUAUCAGCAGGCCAAGUUCACCAAGAAGAUCGACCAGAAGAAGAACGAGGAGGAGCUGGAUAAGAUGCAGAAGAAGUAUGGCGUGUCGGGGGAACAGAAAUAG